AUGUCGGAUUGGUAUUCGUGUUUUUAUCCCAACAGCAUGCAGCCUCCUCGUGACAUGUGUGAUCAAGGCUAUUAUGGAACCAACUGCAGUGAGACAUGCGGUCACUGUGUAAAUGGUAACACAACAUGUCAUAACGUGACUGGGAGUUGUUCUGGUGGUUGUCGUGCUGGAUGGAGAGACGCUACAUGUAAAAGAGCAUGCGAAGAUGGUUAUUAUGGCGAUCAAUGCAAUCACAAGUGUGGUCACUGUUUAAAUGGCAACACAAAAUGUAACAAAGCGACAGGAUAUUGUCAGGAUGGGUGCGGUGUUGGAUGGAAAGGAGAUACCUGCAAGAUAGAAUGCAGCAAUGGAACACAUGGAAAAAACUGCGAGCAAACCUGUAGUAAUUGCAAGGAGUCAAACUGUGAUCGUUUUAAUGGUACAUGUUUUGAUGGGUGCAUUGCCGGGUAUGCCAACCCCGACACUGGAUGUGUAGAGAAAUUUGUUGCAGAUGAUAACACAGUAGGAGUCGCUGCCGGUGGAGCAGCAGCUGCUAUAGCUGUGAUUGUUGUGGUGAUCAUCGCAGUGGUCUUUUGGAAGAGGUAUGCAAACGGCGAUGAAAUGUCGUAA